AUGACAAGGUCCUGUAUUGAAGGAGAGGGUAAAGGGGUAUUACAGUCCAUCUCUCUCUCUCCUCUCCUCUCCCCCCAGACUAAGUCAGGUCCUGUAUUGAAGGGAGAAGGAGAGGACAAUGCCAGGACGAACCCCUACUGUUAUAACUGCUCUCUCAUGGGACACUUUGGAUUUGACUGCCCAGAGAGGAGGAUGUUUUGGGGUUUGCCCCCCAACUCUCCCUUCAUCAACCAAUAUGACACCCCCCACUCGCUCCGCAGCCGAGACCACUAUACACGGCUCAGAGUUAAAGAGUUGAAGGAUGCAGGUCUGUUUCAGUGUCAGGUCUCACCAGACGGUGGCGCCAGAGACGAGCCGCCCGGCAAACGCCAGAGAAGCGACUCUUACCGGAACUACAGGCCGUACCAGAACUACCCCCCUAACCCUUACCACCCCCCUAACCCUUACCACCACCCCCCUAACCCUUACCACCACCCCCCUAACCCUUACCACCCCCCUAACCCUUACCACCACCCCCCUCCCUGGCGUAAUGCGACUCCUAACCGUACCCAUAUCAGGUUCAGCCCUGGCCAAGAGAAACCCUGGACUCCUAAACACAAGCUGAAGGAGACCAGGAAGUGUUUCACUCCAGCUUCAGCCACGCCCAAAUCCAACAUGGCUGACAGGAACCAGCCGGGGAGUCAGAAGAAAAAGCAGAAGAAGAAACAAAAACCGGACAAAAACAAAAUGGUCGCCGCCGCAGACGAGUCUCUUGACUUCCCCCGAGGUGAAGGCCCCUCCCCCAAGAGGAAGAAGAAGGGGCACAAGGGCCCCCCCUCCUCGGCCGGAGCCCCGCCCACCUUCCAUCCGAAGAACCCGCCCUCCCACACCCCCGACCGUCUGUUUGGGGCGGCGAAGAAGGAAGCGAAGAAGAUGAAGAAGAAGAAGAAGAAAAGAGAGAACGGGAGGGACAGGAAGGCUGAUAAGGAGGAGAAGAUGUACCCCACGGACGAAAACCUGUUCCUCAUCAAACAGAGGAAACCUAGGAGUUAAAGUGGAGAGGGGGGGGGGGUGUUCCUCAUCAAACGUUGGGGUGGGGGGGUAAAGUGCAUAUGUCAUACACAUUUUGGCAAAGCUUUCAUGUACAGUACAAAUGUGUGUGUGUGUGUGUGUGUGUGUGUGUGUGUGUGUGUGUGUGUGUGUGUGUGUGUGUGUGUGUGUGUGUGUGUGUGUGUGUGUGUGUGUGUGUUGGGGGGGGGGUGUAACUCUUUGAAGGACUCAUUCUGUUUUAUUAAAGGAGAGGUUACAGAGACCUGUUAUCACCAUUCUAGAGACUACAUCCUGUCAAUAUAUUAAAGGAGAGGUUUCAGAGACCUGUUAUCACCAUUCUAGAGACUACAUCCUGUCAAUAUAUUAAAGGAGAGGUUUCAGAGACCUGUUAUCACCAUUCUAGAGACUACAUCCUGUCAAUAUAUUAAAGGAGAGGUUUCAGAGACCUGUUAUCACCAUUCUAGAGACUACAUCCUGUCAAUAUAUUAAAGGAGAGGUUACAGAGACCUGUUAUCACCAUUCUAGAGACUACGUCCUGUCAAUAUAUUAAAGGAGAGGUUUCAGAGACCUGUUAUCACCAUUCUAGAGACUACUUCCUGUCAAUAUAUUAAAGGAGAGGUUACAGAGACCUGUUAUCACCAUUCUAGAGACUACGUCCUGUCAAUAUAUUAAAGGAGAGGUUUCAGAGACCUGUUAUCACCAUUCUAGAGACUACGUCCUGUCAAUAUAUUAAAGGAGAGGUUACAGAGACCUGUUAUCACCAUUCUAGAGACUACGUCCUGUCAAUAUAUUAAAGGAGAGGUUACAGAGACCUGUUAUCACCAUUCUAGAGACUACUUCCUGUCAAUAUAUUAAAGGAGAGGUUACAGAGACCUGUUAUCACCAUUCUAGAGACUACUUCCUGUCAAUAUAUUAAAGGAGAGGUUACAGAGACCUGUUAUCACCAUUCUAGAGACUACGUCCUGUCAAUAUAUUAAAGGAGAGGUUUCAGAGACCUGUUAUCACCAUUCUAGAGACUACUUCCUGUCAAUAUAUUAAAGGAGAGGUUACAGAGACCUGUUAUCACCAUUCUAGAGACUACGUCCUGUCAAUAUAUUAAAGGAGAGGUUUCAGAGACCUGUUAUCACCAUU